AUGUUGUUCGGCACCGGAGCGUUGCAGAAGAGGAAGCGUGACGGCGGGGAGGAGGUCUGGUUGGUCGGCGACGUCGCCGCCGAUCACAGCGUGGGAAUCAUGGUGGUGGCGAAGGAGCUCGAGAUGGAGGGGAAGGACGGGGCCUUCGAGCUCCGUCUCCGGGUCCCCGACGUCAAGCACUCCCUCAUGGUCAGUUCCUUCAUUUUCUCCCCUCUUCUGAUGUUUAUUCCCUUCGUUUCACUUCGACGCACACCUUCUGAGAUGAUCCCUAAGAGGAUGCCGAUGCGAUCGCCUCCUCGCUUCUUCCCUGCUGCUCUGACGUCAAAUGCUUCUUCUUCUUCAUGCGGUUUUGUUUCCCAUUAUACACGUCCCCGAUCUUCUUCGCUCUCUUUCUGGUUCACUGGGCUUUCAACUUCAUUCACUGUAAUCUUACCACCCUCGGAAGCUUGAAGGAACAUCUCUGUCGUUUUCUAUUCUAGGGUUCAUGGGUGUUUGGUCUGCUCUUUCCCAAGUUGCUCGGUUUUGCACUUAUUUCUGCAUUUUUUGGUCCUGCAGAAUCUGUGCCAGAAUCCCACACGUAUCACAUACUUUGGAAUUCAUGGAUUUGCUAGGUUAGGGAGGCCUUGCUUCAGCAGUGUGAUGAAGCCGGCUGUAGUGUGUUUUUUUAUAUAAUAUAUAUAUAUAGAUAUAUAUAUAUAUAUAAUAUCCCGGUAAUGUUUUUUCUUCAGAUACUUCUUGAAUUCAUCAUCCCCUUCUUGCUUUGCUCAAUGGGGUGUGCCUUUUGAAUCUCCGGGAGCUGAAGAAACCAGUUAUUCUGAGAAUCUACCUUGGAUAUGGCCAAAUAGCCUCUUUUUUUUUCUCUCUCUCCCGCAGGGCUUGAUGAAGAAGAGGGAAGUUGGAGAGUUUUUAAGCGGGGCUUUGGCUGGGGCCAUGACAAAGGCUGUUCUAGCUCCCCUCGAGACCAUCAGGUGAGCUUGGAUCAUUCCAUCAUCUCUUGUCUUUGUGACAUUUUUUCAAAUCUCUGGCCCUUUUUUUUUUUCCCCUUCAGAAGUUUUUCUAUGUUGCGUUUUGUUCAUGGGUUUAUCAUAUUUCAGAUGCCAGGAUAUCCCGGAUAAUUUAAUUUUACAUGCUAUAUCAUGGAUCCAAGAGGAUUUUGUCUGCAAUAUCAUGAAGAAUAAUGCGGUAUUUGCAGGACGAGGAUGGUAGUUGGGGUUGGAUCCAGACAUAUCAUUGGAAAUUUCCUUGAGAUCACCGAGAAACAAGGAUGGCAGGGACUCUGGGCCGGCAACAGCAUCAACAUGCUCCGAAUCGUUCCCACCCAGGCGAUCGAGCUCACCACGUUCGAAUGGGUCAGACGAACGGUUUCAUCGGCCCAAGAAAGUUGGACACUAAACGGUGGCCCUAAAUUACAGGUUGGCCAUGUUAAUGUAGAUUUGUCACUCUCCUGGGUCUCUCCAGUUGCGGUCGGUGGAGCGGCUGCUGGCAUCGUGAGCACACUCAUAUGCCAUCCUCUGGAGGUGAUUAAGGUAAUUGAUCUGGUUUCCGUUUAUCACUACUCGGGAUGUCGACCCAUCUAUUUUUCUUCCUCCUGCGCUUUGAUAUUAGAACAUCAACAUGGAAUGCCCUUCAACUUUGGGAUCUGAUAUCGGUUGGUAUCGCUGGGCAAGCAUGCAGAAUAUUGUAAUUCCCUCAUUAAUUGUCAGAGGUGAUUUCUGGACCUGGGCACCGCUUCCUGGUUGCAAUCGAUUUAGUUUGGAGCUUUUUUUCGGGUUAAAGUUUUAUCAAUAGAUCUAUCGUAGACCCAGAAUAGUACGAAUCUCUUCAGAAAAUAAUUUUUCACUGUGGUCACGUAUAGUCAAACAUGGUUUCUGAUCCAUGUUGUCUAUUCCUGGUUGAAGAUUAUGCAUCUUACGACUUUUCUUGGCUUAAAAUUUUAUCAAUAAAUCAGUUAAUGCCAAAAGAAAUGGUGUAAUCUCUUCCCAAGAUGAGGCUGUAGCUUAUGAUCAAUUAAUGCCAUCAUUAAUUAAUCAUCAAAGAUGAGCUUAAUCCAGCAUCUUCCAUCAUUAAUUCCUGACGAUAAUUUCCGGACCAAGGUGCCAGUUCCUGGUAGAAACUGAUUUCUUUUGUCACGUUUCUUGGCUUGAAGAUUGAAGCAGUUCAUUUUUUUUUUUUUCUGGGUUUUAUUUAGAAUACUAUUUCUUCAAUCAUCUUACAUCCUAUGAAACCUCGAAGGAUGCGGCAUCCUUAAAGCUCAAGGCUCUGAUUUCCGCGCAUCUCUCUUGCAGGAUCGUCUGACUAUCAGCCGGGAAGCCUACCCCACCAUCGCCCUCGCCUUCCGCAAGAUCUACAAGAAUCACGGGAUCGGCGGGCUGUAUGCCGGCAUCUCCCCCACACUGAUUGGCAUGCUUCCUUACAGCACCUGCUACUAUUUCAUGUACGAAACGAUCAAGAAAUCCUACUGCCAGUCGAAGAAUAAGAAGGCGUUGAACCGUGCCGAGCUGCUCCUUGUCGGCGCCCUCUCAGGUCAGAUCAUGCGCUCGUUCAGUCGCAGUCGGAGAGCUUUGCUGUUCUCGGAACAGAAAGUUCUCAGCUGCUUCUGCAGCUUUGUUCAUCAUCGGAAAUCGAGACAAGUUUCUCCAUUGCCAACCGGGUUCCUCCCUCCUGUGCAGGAUUGACGGCGAGCACCAUCAGUUUCCCGCUGGAGGUCGCCAGGAAGCGGCUGAUGGUUGGGUCCCUGCAAGGGCAGUGCCCACCGAACAUGGUGGCGGCCCUUCAGGAGGUGGUCAGGGAGGAGGGCUUGAGGGGUCUCUACAGGGGAUGGGGCGCCAGCUCCCUCAAGGUCAUGCCCAACUCUGGAAUCACCUGGAUGUUCUACGAGCUGUGGAAGGACGUCCUGCUCGUUGACCGAUCCCAUCUCUGA